UGGUUGAAACUUCGUGGCCGCCGCGAUCGCCCCGGGAAGCGCUGCUGAGCUCCCCCAGUGGGCGGCGGAGAUUCCAGGAAAUGCAAGCCCGCCGAGGACAACUUGGAUCGCCUCUGAAGCGUUCUUCGACAGCGCCGAAUUUCCGAGCGCAGACCGAGCAGGUGCUAGGCGACGGGGUGGACCAGAAUCGGGAGGGAGACGAGGAGGACGAGGACGAGGACGAGGAGACGUUGAAGCUGAAGCUAGCUGCGAUCGAGGCACGACUGAAACUUAAACAACUACAGAAGUCCCGUGCCAGAUCGGCGAUUUCUGCUCCCGGUGCGGAUGUGAGCGACGCGUCCUCCUCCCGGCCGGCAACCUCGUCAAGCUUGCCCGAGCAUGAUACUGGCAGCCUGGUAGCCCCGGGAAGCCCACGCAUGAUACAUGGACGGACACGGUCAGAUGAAGUCCAGGUACCAGUGUCACCUCUACGACGGGCACCGGCUCCAGCUGACCCAGUGUCACCUCGCCGCUAUCUCCUCGGUAUUGACAAAGGGUUGAAGGGGAAAGAUGUGUCUUUGAAGCGCCCUCCCAGCUCGAGAGGAUUGGCUCGAUCUGGCAGUAAAUUUGGACUACGCGAGGGUGCUUUAUCCCGCACCAGUGACGAUUCCCACGAGGACUUCUACUUCUCGCCAAGGGAGGAUCCAAGCAAACGAAUCAAAAGCUUUAGCGAAAGGAUUGCUGAGACGAGACAGCUCGACAAAUCUCGUCGAGAACGGGCGGAACAGAUACAGGCAAACAGAAGCUCGGCCUUCCAAUUUGACAAGGCAGAGAUGGAAGCAUUCAAGGCCACCGCGGCUGAAACCAUGCAAAAGAACCCCCGGACCCAGUCGCCAACAAGAGCUCGACCAGUGGAAACUUUUAGCCGUGAAGAAGUGAUGAGGUCUUUACAGCAGCAUUCCAUGGCAAGUCUGAAAAGAAGUAACACUGCUCCGAGCGUACAGAGUCUCGCAAAAGUCACCUCUUCCCCCAAUUUAUACGGAAAUGCCAGUGUAACGAACCGACGCCACCACCGAUCCAACUCUACCGCACGAACCCCCCUUUUAUUACCUAGUCAUUCCUUCGAGGAGACAGGCGGAUCUCCAGAAAAGGCAGCAGACUCGUCGAAAUUCGAGCCCCAUUCUUCAAUGAAUCUGUCCAGCCGCAUUUUGCCUCAUUCUUUUCUCACCAGAACUCUUACCGGGAAGAAGAUACUUCAGAUACCAGACCUAUUAAAAAGUAUCAAGGCACCGGACUUUGAGCUACCACCCGAGAUAGACGGUGACUAUGUAGUCUUCGGAAUUGUUGCAUCGAAAUCCUCCCCUAAGGAGGUCAAAGGAACGAAAAACGCCACAGAUAAGGAGGCUGACCGGUAUGACGACGGGUUGAAUAACACAAAUAAAUACAUGGCGAUAACUCUCACCGAUCUCCAGUGGUCGAUUGACCUUUUCCUCUUCGACACGGCAUUCCCGAGAUACUAUAAGCUCUCGGAAGGCGUCCUUAUUGCCAUCUUGAAUCCCACCAUUAUGCCACCGCCGAAGCACAAGCUGGAUACUAACCGCUUCAGUCUCGCAAUCUCUUCGUCUGACGACAAGAUCCUGGAAAUUGGAUUUUCCAAGGAUAUCGGCUUCUGCAAGGCAGUUAGGAAGGAUGGGAAGACUUGCCAGAGUUGGGUCGACGCCCGCAAAACGGAAUUCUGCGACUUCCACACCGAUCUCCAAGUGCGCCGCACGCAAUCUCAAAGAAUGGGAGUCAACGGUGGCCCGGGUAUGCUGGGGCCUGGAGGCUUGUCGGGUUCACGAACAGGAUUCUUUGGAGGGAAACGGACAGGCGACAAAAAGACCGGACUGAAGGCAGCAAACAACGCGCAGUACGAUGCUGAGUCGCAAAGCGUGUACUACGUGGCGCCGGGCCCAAGGUCGAGGAAUACCGGCGGCGCAUCCUACGUCUUCAACCAUUCAGCGGCCGGCCAGUCCGCCUCCAGCCUGAUCGAUGCCGAUGAAGAUCCCUUCAUCGCCGCCGGAAUGAUGGGCCGCGGGAUGGAAAACAAGGAGGAACGAAUGCGGCGUCGCCUGGCGGAGCAAGCUCGCGAGCGCGAAAUCGCAAAGAAACUCGUCAGUUCUCGUGGAGGCGGCGUGGGGGCAGAGUACCUCCGCGCCAAAGUGACUUCCGGGGAGGCCAACGGGUUCGAGUCUCCCCGAUCUGCACUGGUAUCGAAUAGUGGAGCAAUCGCAGCCGCCACACCUUCGCCAAUGCAGCAGAAUGCUUCUUCUCAUCAAUUUGGCCUCGGCGGUUUCCGGCGCGCCGACACCAUCCGCCUCGGUCCGAAGAAGCGCGCCUACGACGGUGACCGGCCGGGAAGCAGUGGUGUGAAGAAGACCCGGUUCAUCACCGCACGGGGUAUCAAGGAAGCCGGCCGGGACAGUCUUGGUGGAGCUUCGGAUACAGCGAUGAAGGACACGCAUACUAACGACGAUGACGACGAUGACGAACUAGACAUCAUCUAACUAAUGAUUGACAGUCACUCACUCUUUUUUUUUCUUCAUCAUGGAUGGAAUACUGGAGUAGUAUUCAAGUGGUAGGAUUUUUCGCUUCUCUCUUCAGGGCAUGAAAGGGGGGGAAACUGCAUUAUGAUACCUGUCUGAUUGAUGCAUUAUGUAGAAAAAAAAGCCUGUCUUAUCCCUCCCUCUCCUAUGUAACUACAAGAACUGGUUUGUUUCCCUCCUUGCUCGCUC